UGCACCUCGGCGGCCGAGCCUCUCCUGCCGCAGACGAGCCGGGCGGCGGGGCAGCUCGCGCAGCGCAGCGCAGCGCGCCGGCAGGAUGGCGACCGUGGUGCUGGAGGCCGCCGAGCCCGAGCCCGUCGGCGGCAUCGCCAACCCCGCGGCGUCCACGUCGCCCAGCCUGUCGCAUCGCUUCCUCGACAGCAAGUUCUACCUGCUGGUGGUCGUCGGCGAGAUCGUGACCGAGGAGCACCUGCGGCGCGCCAUCGGCAACAUCGAGCUCGGAAUCCGAUCAUGGGACACCAACCUGAUUGAGUGCAACCUGGACCAAGAACUGAAACUUUUUGUGUCUCGACACUCCGCCAGAUUCUCUCCUGAAGUCCCAGGACAAAAGAUCCUUCAUCACCGAAGUGACGUCCUGGAGACCGUGGUCCUGAUCAACCCCUCGGACGAGGCUGUGAGCACUGAGGUGCGCUUGAUGAUCACGGACGCUGCCCGACACAAGCUGCUCGUGCUCACCGGACAGUGCUUUGAGAAUACCGGAGAGCUCAUUCUCCAGUCCGGCUCUUUCUCCUUCCAGAACUUCAUAGAGAUUUUCACCGAUCAAGAGAUUGGGGAAUUACUGAGCACCACCCAUCCUGCCAACAAAGCCAGCUUAACCCUGUUCUGUCCUGAAGAAGGGGAUUGGAAGAACUCCAAUCUCGACAGACACAAUCUCCAAGACUUCAUCAACAUUAAACUCAACUCAGCUUCAAUAUUGCCGGAAAUGGAAGGACUUUCCGAGUUUACCGAGUAUCUCUCAGAAUCAGUGGAAGUCCCAUCUCCCUUUGAUAUCCUAGAACCUCCAACAUCGGGGGGAUUUCUAAAGCUCUCCAAGCCGUGUUGUUACAUUUUCCCAGGAGGGAGGGGUGAUUCUGCAUUGUUUGCCGUGAAUGGAUUCAAUAUGCUCAUCAAUGGAGGAUCCGAAAGGAAAUCCUGCUUCUGGAAGCUCAUCCGACACUUGGACCGAGUGGACUCCAUCCUACUCACCCACAUUGGGGAUGACAAUUUGCCUGGAAUAAACAGCAUGCUACAGCGGAAGAUUGCAGAGCUCGAGGAAGAACAGUCCCAGGGCUCCACCACAAAUAGUGACUGGAUGAAAAACCUCAUCUCCCCUGACUUAGGAGUUGUAUUUCUCAAUGUACCUGAAAAUCUGAAAAAUCCAGAGCCAAACAUCAAGAUGAAGAGAAGCAUAGAGGAAGCUUGCUUCACUCUCCAGUACCUAAAUAAGUUGUCCAUGAAGCCAGAACCUCUUUUCAGAAGUGUAGGCAAUACCAUCGAUCCUGUCAUUCUUUUCCAAAAAAUGGGAGUUGGUAAACUGGAGAUGUAUGUCCUUAACCCAGUCAAGAGCAGCAAGGAAAUGCAGUAUUUUAUGCAGCAGUGGACUGGUACCAACAAAGACAAGGCUGAACUAAUCCUGCCUAAUGGUCAAGAAAUAGAUAUCCCAAUUUCCUACCUAACUUCAGUCUCCUCUUUGAUCGUGUGGCAUCCGGCAAACCCUGCAGAGAAAAUCAUUCGAGUCCUGUUUCCUGGCAAUAGCACCCAAUACAAUAUCCUGGAAGGACUGGAAAAGCUCAAACAUUUAGACUUUCUGAAACAGCCGCUGGCCACCCAGAAGGACCUAACUGGCCAGGUGGCAGCUCCAGCCGUGAAACAGGUGAAGCUGAAACAGAGAGCAGACAGCCGAGAAAGUCUGAAGCCAGCCGCAAAACCACUGCCAAGCAAAUCUGUACGCAAGGAGUCUAAAGAGGAAACCCCUGAAGUCACCAAAGCUAAUCAUGUGGAAAAGUCGCCCAAAGUUGAAAGCAAAGAAAAGGUAACGGUGAAAAAAGACAAGCCGAUAAAAACAGAGACCAAACCCCCAGUGACCGAGAAGGAGGUACCCAGCAAAGAAAAAGAAGAGCUGCCUCCCGUGAAGGCUGAGGUGGCCGAAAAGCCCACUACAGACGUCAAACCCAAAGUCACCAAGGAGAAGACAGUGAAAAAGGAAACAAAGGCCAAAUCUGAGGAAAAGAAAGAGGAGAAGGAAAAGCCAAAGAAAGAAGUGGCUAAAAAGGAGGACAAAACACCCAUCAAGAAGGAAGAAAAACCAAAAAAGGAAGAGGUGAAAAAGGAAGUGAAAAAAGAAGUCAAGAAAGAAGAGAAAAAAGAACCCAAGAAAGAGGUUAAGAAAGAAACCCCACUGAAGGAAGCCAAGAAGGAGGUUAAGAAGGAGGAGAAGAAGGAGAUUAAAAAAGAAGAAAAGGAACCCAAAAAGGAAAUUAAGAAACUUCCUAAAGACACAAAGAAAUCAACUACUCCUCUCUCUGAAGCCAAAAAACCAACUGCAUUAAAACCAAAAGUACCCAAGAAGGAGGAGGCGGUCAAAAAAGAGUCUGUUGCUGCUGGGAAGCCAAAGGAGAAGGGGAAGGUUAAGGUCGUCAAGAAGGAGGGCAAGACGGCAGAAGCUGCGGCCGCCGCCCUUGGCUCGGUGGCUGGCGCUGCGGCCGUGGCAGCAGCUGGAGCAGCAGGCGCCGGCCCGGCCAAAGAGCUCGAGGCCGAGAGGUCCCUCAUGUCCUCCCCUGAGGAUCUGACCAAGGACUUUGAAGAGUUAAAGGCCGAAGAGGUCGACGUAGCGAAAGACAUGAAGCCUCAGCUGGAGCUGAUCGAGGACGAGGAGAAGCUGAAGGACGCUGAGCCCGUCGAAGCCUAUGUCCUCCAGAAAGAGACCGAAGUCAUCAAAGGGCCCGCCGAGUCUCCCGACGAGGGAAUCACCACCACCGAAGGCGAGGGCGAGUGUGAACAGACCCCCGAGGAGCUGGAGCCAGUCGAGAAGCAGGGGGUGGAGGACACUGAAAAGUUUGAAGACGAAGGAGCGGGCUUUGAGGAAUCCUCAGAGACCGGAGACUAUGAAGAGAAGGCCGAGACCGAGGAGGCCGAGGAGCCGGAAGAGGACGUGGAAGAAACCGUGUGCGUGAGCGCCUCCAAGCACAGCCUCACCGAGGAGGAGGAAAGUGCCAAGGCUGAGGCCGAUGUGCACGUCAAGGAGAAGAGGGAGUCUCUGGCCAGCGGAGACGACCGAGCGGAAGAAGACAUGGACGAGGCAGUGGAGAAAGGAGAAGCCGAACAAUCGGAGGAGGAGGGUGAGGAGGAGGACAGAGCUGAGGAUGCCAGAGAAGAAGAAUACGAGCCGGAAAAAGCGGAGGCUGAAGAUUACGUGAUGGCCGUGGUGGACAAGGCCGCGGAGGCGAGCGGUGUCGAGGACCAGUAUGGGUUCCUCGCCUCGGCCAUCAAGCAACCGGGAGCCCAGUCGCCUGCCCGAGAACCCGCAUCCUCAAUUCACGAUGAGACUCUACCUGGCGGCUCGGAGAGCGAGGCCACCGCUUCUGAUGAGGAGAACCGAGAAGAUCAGCCUGAAGAGUUCACUGCCACCUCCGGCUACACUCAGUCUACCAUCGAGAUUUCCAGUGAGCCCACCCCGAUGGACGAGAUGUCUACUCCUCGGGACGUGAUGAGCGAUGAAAUCAACAACGAGGAGACGGAGUCCCCGUCUCAAGAAUUUGUAAACAUCACCAAAUACGAGUCCUCGCUGUAUUCUCAGGAAUACUGCAAACCCGCUGUCGCGUCCCUCAACGGAUUAUCUGAAGGGUCGAAAACCGAUGCCACGGAUGGGAAGGACUACAACGCAUCAGCCUCUACCAUCUCCCCACCGUCAUCUAUGGAGGAGGACAAGUUUAGCAAGUCCGCCCUGCGGGAUGCUUACUGCGCCGACGAGAAAGACCUGAAGGCCGGUGCCACGCUGGCGAUCAGAGACACCAUCUCAGCAGUUUCAGAAGAAAAACUUAGUCCACCCAAGAGCCCGUCCCCAAGUCCAUCUCCUCCAUCACCCGUAGAAAAGACCCCACUGGGUGAACGCAGCGUGAACUUUUCUCUGACCCCCAAUGAGAUCCAGGUCUCCGCAGAGGCGGAAGCAGCCCCCGUGUCUCCCGAGGUGACCCAAGUAGUCGAAGAGCAUUGUGCUAGUCCCGAGGAGAAGACCCUGGAGGUGGUGUCUCCGUCUCAGUCUGCAACCGGCAGUGCUGGCCAUACACCUUACUACCAAUCUCCCACUGAAGAGAAACCUGGGCACCUCCCCACAGAGGUAAUUGAAAAGCCACAAGCAGUUCCCGUGAGUUUUGAAUUCAGUGAUGCCAAAGAUGAGAAUGAAAGGGCUUCCAUAAGCCCCAUGGAUGAGCCUGUGCCCGACUCGGAAUCUCCUAUUGAAAAAGUUUUGUCUCCCUUACGGAGCCCUCCCCUCAUUGGAUCCGAAUCUGCCUACGAAGGCUUUCUGAGUGCCGAUGACCAGGCUUCUGGCAGAGGCGCUGAGAGCCCCUUUGAGGGAAAGGAUGGAAAACAAGGCUUUGCUGAUGAAAUAAGUCCAGUUUCUGACAUGACUUCUACUGGUCUUUUCCAAGACAAAGAGGAAAGGAAAAGCACAGACUUUAUACCGAUAAAGGAAGACUUUGGUCAAGAAAAGAAAACCGACGAUGUCGACGUCACGAGUUCGCAAUCUGGACUGGCUUUGGAUGAAAGGAAGUUAGGGGGAGAGGUGUCUCCUACACAGAUAGAUGUCAGCCAGUUUGGAUCUUUUAAGGAAGACACGAAGAUGUCCAUUUCUGAAGGCACGGUCUCCGACAAGUCAGCUACGCCGGUGGAUGAGGGUGUGGCAGAGGAUACGUAUUCUCACAUGGAGGGCGUGGCCUCGGUCUCCACAGCCUCCGUGGCUACUAGCUCGUUUCCAGAGCCCACCACAGAUGACGUGUCCCCUUCUCUGCACGCCGAGGUUGGCUCCCCACAUUCCACAGAGGUUGAUGACUCCCUUUCAGUGUCUGUUGUGCAAACGCCGACUACUUUCCAGGAGACAGAGAUGUCUCCAUCUAAAGAGGAAUGUCCAAGACCAAUGUCAAUUUCUCCACCGGAUUUCUCCCCUAAAACCGCCAAAUCCAGGACACCAGUCCAAGAUCACAGGUCGGAACAGUCCUCAAUGUCUAUUGAAUUUGGCCAGGAGUCCCCUGAGCACUCCCUGGCUAUGGACUUUAGUCGACAGUCCCCAGAUCACCCUACAGUGGGUGCAGGUAUGCUUCACAUCACUGAAAAUGGGCCAACCGAAGUGGAUUACAGUCCUUCUGACAUGCAGGACUCGAGUUUAUCACAUAAGAUACCACCGAUGGAGGAGCCCUCCUACACCCAAGACAAUGACCUUUCGGAGCUCAUCUCAGUGUCUCAGGUUGAGGCCUCCCCGUCCACCUCUUCAGCACACACCCCCUCUCAGAUAGCGUCUCCUCUCCAAGAAGACACCCUAUCCGAUGUCGUUCCUCCCAGAGAUAUAUCCUUAUAUGCCUCACUCACCUCAGAAAAAGUGCAAAGUCUAGAAGGAGAGAAGCUCUCACCAAAAUCUGAUAUCUCUCCACUGACCCCAAGAGAGUCCUCUCCUUUGUAUUCACCCAGCUUUUCAGAUUCUACCUCUGCCGUCAAAGAGAACAUAGCAGUUUGCCACACUUCCUCUCCUCCACCGAUGGAUGCCGCAUCCGCAGAGCCCUACGGCUUCCGUGCCUCGAUGUUAUUCGAUACGAUGCAACACCAGCUAGCCUUGAACAGAGAUCUGACCUUGUCCGGUGUGGAGAAGGACAGUGGAGGGAAAACGCCUGGUGACUUCAGCUAUGCCUAUCAAAAGCCCGAGAAGACAACCAGGUCCCCAGAUGAAGAAGUUUACGACUAUGAGUCUUAUGAGAAAGCCACCCGGGCCCCAGACGUGAGUGACUAUUACUAUGAGAAGACAGAGAGAACCACAAAAUCGCCGUGUGACAGCAGCUACCCUUACGAGACCGCUGAGAAGACCACCAAGACUCCUGAAGAUGGUGGCUAUGCCUAUGACGUUGCCGAGAAGACCACCCGGACCCCUGAAGAGGCGGAGUACAGCUAUGAAACAAGUGAGAAGACCAUGAGGACCCCUGAAGUGAGUGGUUUCAGCUAUGAAAAGACUGAGAGGUCUAGGAGGCUCCUGGAUGACAUCAGCAAUGGCUACGAUGACUCUGAAGAUGUUGGCCACGCACUUGGGGAUUCCGGCUACUCUUACAAGACCACUGAGAAGAUUGCCAGUUACCCUGAGCCCGAGAGCUACUCCUAUGAGGCGUCUACGACAGCUACACGAGCCCCUGAUGCUUCCACGUACUGUUACGAGACGGUGGAGAAGAUCACCAGAACCCCCCAAGCGGCGACGUAUUCCUAUGAGACUUCAGACCAGUGCUACACUGCAGAAAAGAAGUCCCCCUCAGAGGCCCGCCAGGAUGUCGACUUAUGCCUCGUGUCCUCCUGUGAAUACAAGCAUCCCAAGACAGAACUUUCGCCCUCCUUCAUUAAUCCCAAUCCUCUCGAGUGGUUUGCCAGUGAGGAGCCAACUGAAGAAUCCGAGAAGCCCCUCACCCAAGCAGGGGGUGCCCCACCACCUCCAGGAGGAAAGCCACAGGGGCGACAGUGUGACGAAACCCCUCCCACCUCAGUCAGCGAGUCGGCUCCGUCCCAGACCGAUUCUGAUGUCCCCCCGGAGACCGAAGAGUGCCCUUCCAUCACGGCAGAUGCAAAUAUCGACUCUGAAGAUGAAUCCGAAACCAUCCCCACAGACAAAACCGUCACAUACAAACACAUGGACCCACCUCCUGCCCCCAUGCAGGACCGAAGCCCUUCUCCACGCCACCCUGACGUGUCCAUGAUGGACCCGGAGGCCUUGGCUAUUGAGCAGAACCUGGGCAAAGCCCUGAAGAAAGACCUGAAAGAGAAGACCAAAACCAAAAAGCCGGGUACAAAGACCAAGUCGUCGUCACCUGUCAAAAAGGGUGAUGGGAAGUCUAAGCCCUCUGCAGCAUCCCCCAAACCAGGGGGCUUGAAAGAAUCCUCAGAUAAGGUGUCCAGAGUGGCUUCUCCUAAGAAGAAGGAAUCCGUGGAAAAGGCAACAAAAACCACUACCACUCCUGAGGUCAAAGCUGCACGUGGGGAGGAGAAAGACAAGGACACCAAGAAUGCCGCCAAUGCCUCCACAUCCAAAUCGGUAAAGACUGCAGCUGCAGGACCGGGAACCACCAAGCCCUCCAAGCCCUCAGCUGUGCCUCCAGGCCCCCCUGUGUAUUUGGACCUGUGCUAUAUUCCCAAUCACAGCAAUAGUAAGAAUGUUGAUGUUGAGUUUUUCAAGAGAGUGAGGUCAUCCUACUACGUGGUGAGUGGGAAUGACCCUGCUGCUGAGGAGCCCAGCCGGGCUGUCCUGGAUGCCUUGUUGGAAGGGAAAGCCCAGUGGGGCAGCAACAUGCAGGUAACCCUGAUCCCUACUCAUGACUCAGAAGUGAUGAGGGAAUGGUACCAAGAGACCCACGAGAAACAACAGGACCUCAACAUCAUGGUCUUAGCAAGCAGCAGCACAGUGGUUAUGCAAGAUGAAUCCUUCCCUGCAUGCAAGAUUGAACUGUAAAAAACCAAGACCAGCCACACCACAGGAUUUGAACUUUGUUUCCAGAAAUUCUUCAAUUUGAAACGCCACCUUUUCUAAAGAGUCAAUUCGUCUAAAUAAGUCACUGAACUGUUACCUGCCAAACGCUAUACUGUGUCAUGGUGAUGCAAGUCACUAAUAUUUCUUAGUUUUUGCUGAUUUGCUAAGGGAAGUAACAGUAUUCCCACAGUAGGGUUCAAGUUACUGCAAAAAUACCCACCCCAGUUCAUCUCUGCUCAACAUUUGGAAACCAUGCACUAGCAAACCCAACUGACUUCCGCUAGGUAGAGGCAUUUGUCUUAGAGAGAGAGAGAAAGAAAGAGAGAGAGAGCGCGCGCACGCACAAUGAGAGAGAACACAGGAGAGAGGGAGAAUGAGAAAGCAAAAGGAUGCAAGAGAAGGAGAGGUAAUGGUAGAGAGUGCUGGUGAGAUACCCAGAGAGAGGGAGACAGAGCGAGGUGUGGGGUAAGGAGGAGGGAAUAACCAGCACUUAGGGCUGCGUUUUCUCACGCAGCCUGUAUUCUAUAGUCUACAUAGGCAAAGUUUUCAACUUGUGUCAGUCUGAGGCAUCAAAAAGGGUCUCAAUUUUCUAGAACGAGUUAGCCGAAAGGAAACAAAGAAGGGAACAGAACUUGUUCUGAGGGCAUGUGAGAUUUUUCACGCCUUAAUUAAGCUCCUUCAGUUUGAAGGCUGCGCACCGACAUGAUGUAGAGAGCGCAGACUGGAAGAGCGAGUGGUUUGAACCCCAUUCGGAACUCUCAGACUCUUCAGACACACGAGUAGAUUGAUCUAAGGCAUGCUCCCAGCAUUUGUCCACCCAGUUAGUCCACUCGGAGUCACUUAACCUGCAUGCGGAAACACCCAAGUCCACCCCGAUUAACAAGCAAAUACCAAAGCGGUUGGGAGUAAAUACGGUAGACAAUUUGCCUUAGAAAGUGACUUGAAUGUACAAAAGAUACUUGAUGCACUUAUUUUUUAACGUGAGACCGCAAGUUUAUAAAACAUCCGUGUAGGAUUAUAGAUACUCCAGUUCACGGAGCAAGUGUGUGCGCGUGUGGGGGUCCUAGAAGCUGAUCUGAUGGGUGCAGCGGUUUGAUGCUGAGUCAUGCGUGUUGAAUACCACCUCGGUGCGCCCAUGGCCCCUCAGCCAAACAAGUUGAGCCUUUCGUAGCUUCUUUACUAUGGCAAGUUCCAAGAUUGAAAUGGCUUCUAUGAUCAGAACUGGGAAAACAGUGAAUCUUAUGGUGGAAGAGGUUUCUCGGCAAGUGUACAGUAUUUACCUUCCUUUGUCUUACAUUGGCUUUUUCUUUUUUUUUUUAAUUUUCCAUUAAUUUCAGUAUCAUGGGAACAAGUGUACAGAAGAAUUUUUUUUUUAGAUAUGUGAGAACUUUUCAUAGAUGAACUUUUUAACAAAUGUUUUCAUUUACAGGAAAAUGCAAAGAAAAUUUCAAGUGAUAGCCUUUUUCUUUUCCCCCAAGUCCUUCGUAAGACAAAAAAAAAAAUGUUUUUUGAAGUUCUGGUGAGAUUGAAGUCUGAUAUCGCAGUAAUAAUAUUUAUUAAAACCCAUAACUACCAGGAAUAGUGAUACCUCCCACUCCCUGGUCCCCCCUAACGUAAAAAUCUGAGUACGUGUUAUUUGAGAGUGGGGGAGAAUGGCAUGGUAGGCUACUUUUCCAGGCCUUUAACGUCACCCUGUGGUAUUCCACAUACUUCUUUCAGGGUCUUGAACCAUGAGGUAGAAGAGCCAAGGCAAGUUCAAAGAACCCUAGCAAAAAUUUGCUUUGGGAUUUUCUUUCUUUUUUCCUUUUUUUUUUUUUUUUGGGAAAAAAAAAUAAAAGAAAUAAUUCAUUGAAAGCAAAUGAAUUCCCAUCUCCGACGAUUCAUCCCAUAGAGUUCAGAGAUCACUUCCAUCGUUGUCGUCAUUGAACUCUGAAUCCGGAAACCAGAUCAUGUCUAAGCGGACGUCCAGUUCCAAGUUGCAGAUCGAUGCGCCCAGUGUUCAGAUGUGGCAAACUUCUCAGUGACACCUGUGCUGUGCUCUGUCACGUUGUGUUUCCUGCAGACUCUUAAGAUCCACGGAGUAGUGAACAGUGACCUCAUUUUAUUUUCUAUGUUAGUUAUUUAUUUCAAGAUUAACAUUUUAGUUGAUUUUUGUCUGGUAAGUGUGUGUUUUGCACUGCUAACAACUAUGAGGGUUUAAACAAUGCUUCUUCAGGGUCCCCUCGUGGAGGACCUCUGCAGUCUACUUAAUGCUGUGAAUUACAUUUUUCAAAUGUUUUAAUUUUUUUUAAAAAAUUAAUAUUCUAUUUUUUUUAGGCUUCUCUAGAAAUGCAGCUUUUAUUUAUUACCCCAUUUCUUUAGAGUCCUUAAGAACAACACAUUGAUAAAGGGUACAAAAAAUUAACAGAAAAUGGAAAACUCAAGGUGACAAAAAUGGAUUUUAUUGAGUAUAAACUUACCUACUUCAGACUUCUUUUAUGAGACAACCUAAGAGAACUCAUGAUAAUUAUUUACUGAUUAGUUAUUAAGCUGAGUUGGUUGUGUCCACGUAAUACAUGGGAAGAGAAACUGAUUUCCAGCCUUCUUGCCAAAUCCAGACCUCUGCUUGAUUUUUCUUUGAUAGAAGAAGGAAUUAUUUUCCAAUUUCCCAAAUUCAAUUUACUUAACAGGUGCAUUAUUUUGCCUUUAAACCAACAAACAUCUUGGAGAAUUAUAGCCAGUCUUCAAUUAGAACCAUUCUAUCCUACUCCUUUAUUUUUUCUUUUCUUUUUGCUAUGGGAUUUAAUGGAACAAAUAUACAAAAGCUGACACUGGUCAGCUGGCUCUUUUUCCUAUGAAAUGUAUCAGUACCUUUUUCCAUCCAUUGUUCUCAGUGAUGACCACAGAGCUGGAAUAUACCAGGAAAGUCGAGAUUUGCAUUGCAGGUUCCUCCUGUCCUUCCAGACACCUUUCCUACCUGUGUGACUAACCUAAUUUUGCUAGUUCCAUAAGUACACAAUUGGUUUAGUAACAGCCAUGACAAUGUACCGUGUACAUUCAUGGUGAGGGCUAAAGAUGGACACAGACUUCUAGGAGCUUUAUUCAUACUGAUUACUUAAUCCAGUUGUACAGAUUGAAUAUUCGAGUGAAAGGAAUUUACGCUCUGUUUCAAUGAUGAGAUUCCAUCGAGAGGGCACUCAUGAUCAUGAACUUUUGGUAGUAUUCUUAAGCAAAAAUUCUACAGAGACUAAAUGUUAGAGGUGAUCCUCCACUUUCAAUUUUAAUGAAUUCUAUCCCCUUUCUCAAAACCCAACCCCCAUGCAUGCUUUCUCAGUCUUGUGGUGGGACUGGAUACAAUGACUGACCCCCUCCCCCACCCCCAACACCCAUUUUCCAUGGAGUUCAAAAAAAAAAAUUCUUUUUUUUUUUUUUUUAAGACCUUACAUAUCCUAGUGAAUGGUUUCCCCAGUGUAUAUGAAUGUUUUAAGUGUCUCCAAUAGCUUAUGCAGUUUAGGAGCUUUUCAAUACUCAUUUAAUAAGAUUCAAUCAUUUGCUAAUGAAAAUCUACCACCUUCCAUUUUUCUCUCUAUUACCAAAUUUCAGCUCUCAGGAGCUGCUCUACAAUUCUGAAAUUGCUUUUCUUGCCUCUCUUUAGUCACCUGUCACAGGAGGUUCUUGCUCGGUAAUGAUAUUGUGAGUUAGAUUAAUGACUUUUUUUUUUUUUGUGCUUCGGAUUUUAGAAGAAAAGAUUUGUUUCCAUUUGAAAGGAACUGUAAGCUUUUAUCUUCUAACCAACUGAACAACACACCAAAAGCAGCCUAGGGAUGAGCAUUUCUUUGAAAGCAAUUAGGUUAUUCACCUGGUAUUAAAACUAUUGACUAUUAAAAAAAAUCUGACUUUAUUAAUUUAAAAGGCAGCAUCAAAAACUUGAAAAGGAAGGGAAAAAUAAAUAAAUAGCUUCUCUGCACUCGUUUGGAGCUCCCCAAACAGGAGCCAUCAAGAUGAGGCAUCAAGACCGGGCUGCCCUUUCCAGAACACCGUGCAGCCGUUCUGAGUCGUGCUUACCCACGCUGCAUGCAGCCCUUCUCUUUCCAGCCCCGGAAAGAAGUGGUCUUGAGCCCGGUUGAGAAGCACCUCCACUCCUCUCUCUCGUUCUGAAUGGUGUUUGUGUCAGUCUGCAGCUGUGUAUGGUAUUAUGUCUUAUAAUCCUGCAUCACUUCUAUCCUAUCCAGUCAUAUCUAAUGUAGAAAAUUAGUUUUCAGUGAAAGUAAUAUGUAGUGCUUUUAUGAUAUUUGUGUGCAAUAUCCCCUCUUCCAUUGAGGAUAUUUGAUGUAAAAGAAAAAAAAAAAAACAAAAACUCAGUUCCACAAUAAAAUACAAAAGUGGCAAAAGUU